AUGUCUGCGGAAGAAGAGCGCCAGGCGGCCCUCAACGCCUACCGGACGAAGCUCAUCGAAUCCCGCGAAUGGGAGGCAAAGCUCAAGAACCUACGACUAGAGAUCAAAGACCUCCAGAAGGAGUAUGACCGGACAGAGGAGAAUAUCAAGGCACUCCAGAGUGUAGGACAAAUUAUUGGUGAAGUCCUGAAGCAGCUGGAUGACGAGAGAUUCAUCGUCAAGGCGUCAUCGGGUCCCCGGUAUGUUGUUGGCUGCAGAUCCAAGGUCGACAAGACGAAGAUGAAGCAAGGCACACGUGUCGCGCUCGAUAUGACGACGCUCACGAUCAUGCGUAUGCUCCCGAGAGAGGUCGAUCCGCUAGUCUACAACAUGUCACUGGAAGACCCCGGCCAGGUCAGCUUUGCAGGAAUUGGUGGACUUAACGACCAGAUUCGAGAGCUGAGAGAGGUCAUCGAGCUCCCCUUGAAGAAUCCAGAGCUCUUCCUCAGAGUAGGCAUCAAGCCGCCCAAGGGUGUCUUGCUCUACGGUCCUCCCGGAACAGGGAAAACCCUUCUAGCCAGAGCCGUUGCAAGCAGUCUGGAGACAAAUUUCCUGAAAGUUGUUUCGUCGGCCAUUGUCGACAAGUAUAUCGGAGAGUCGGCGAGGUUGAUCCGAGAAAUGUUUGGCUAUGCCAAAGAACACGAGCCGUGCAUCAUCUUCAUGGACGAAAUCGAUGCCAUCGGAGGACGACGAUUUUCUGAGGGUACAAGUGCCGAUCGUGAGAUCCAGAGAACCUUGAUGGAGCUCCUCAACCAGCUGGACGGAUUCGACUACUUGGGCAAGACAAAGAUUAUCAUGGCUACGAACAGACCGGAUACCCUGGACCCCGCGCUGCUGCGUGCUGGUCGUCUGGACCGAAAGAUUGAGAUCCCGCUACCGAAUGAGGUCGGACGGUUGGAGAUUCUCAAGAUCCAUGCCUCUUCUGUUGUCAUCGAUGGCGAUAUUGACUUUGAAAGCGUCGUUAAGAUGAGCGACGGACUGAAUGGAGCUGACUUGCGAAACGUGGUCACUGAAGCUGGUCUGUUUGCCAUUAAAGAUUACCGAGAGUCGGUUAACCAGGAUGAUUUCAACAGGGCGGUGCGUAAGGUGAUGGAGGCGAAGAAGCUGGAGGGCAAGCUUGAGUAUCAGAAGCUGUAA